CCCCUCCCCCGCCCCCGCCUCCUCCUUUGCCUCGACAAUCAGGGGAAUAAAUCAGGGAGGAAACCGAGAGGGAGAGCGAGAGCGCGCGAGCGCCAGCAAGCUUGCCGAGGACUGUUUCCAAAGUCGCCCUUGAUGGCGGCGGAGGAGAGGGAGGCGAGGCAGCCGUGGCGCUGAGCAGCCGAGACACGCUAGUGGGUCCUCCCGCCACCGCCCCUUCCCCGGCACCCGGCUUCGUCCUAGCGGUCCCCCGCGCCACUCCACGCCGCGGGCCCCGUGUGCGCCGGCCCUCCAGACGUCGGCGGUCUGCCAGAGCGUGCUCCUUUUCCGCCGCCAGCGGUUUCCAGCACCGCUCCUUCCCCCAGCUGGGGAGGGAGGGGGGAUUGAUCUUCGAUCGCGAAGAUGGCUGCUGGCUGCUUGCUGGCCUUGACUCUGACACUUUUCCAAUCUUUGCUGAUCGGUCCCUCGUCCGAGGAGCCGUUCCCUUCGGCCGUCACUAUCAAGUCAUGGGUUGAUAAGAUGCAGGAAGACCUUGUCACACUGGCAAAAACAGCAAGUGGAGUCAAUCAGCUUGUUGAUAUUUAUGAGAAAUACCAGGAUUUGUAUACUGUGGAACCAAAUAAUGCACGCCAGCUGGUGGAAAUUGCAGCCAGGGAUAUUGAGAAACUUCUAAGCAACAGAUCUAAAGCCCUGGUGCGCCUGGCUUUGGAAGCAGAGAAAGUUCAAGCAGCCCAUCAGUGGAGGGAAGAUUUUGCAAGCAAUGAAGUUGUCUACUACAAUGCCAAGGAUGAUCUUGAUCCUGAAAAAAAUGAUAGUGAGCCAGGCAGCCAGAGGAUUAAACCUGUUUUUAUCGAUGAUGCUAAUUUUGGACGACAAAUAUCCUAUCAGCAUGCAGCAGUCCAUAUUCCCACUGACAUCUAUGAGGGCUCAACAAUAGUGUUAAAUGAACUCAACUGGACAAGUGCCUUAGAUGAAGUUUUCAAAAAAAAUCGGGAGGAAGACCCUUCAUUGCUGUGGCAGGUGUUUGGCAGUGCUACAGGCCUGGCCCGAUAUUAUCCAGCUUCCCCAUGGGUUGAUAAUAGUAGAACUCCAAAUAAGAUUGAUCUUUACGAUGUACGCCGAAGACCAUGGUAUAUCCAAGGAGCUGCAUCUCCUAAGGACAUGCUUAUUCUGGUUGAUGUGAGUGGAAGUGUCAGUGGAUUGACUCUUAAACUAAUCCGAACGUCUGUCUCCGAAAUGUUGGAAACUCUCUCAGAUGAUGAUUUUGUGAAUGUAGCUUCAUUCAACAGCAAUGCUCAGGAUGUAAGCUGUUUUCAGCACCUUGUUCAAGCAAAUGUAAGAAAUAAGAAAGUGUUGAAAGAUGCAGUGAAUAACAUCACAGCAAAAGGAAUAACCGAUUAUAAGAAAGGCUUUAGUUUUGCUUUUGAACAACUGCUUAAUUAUAAUGUUUCCAGAGCCAACUGCAAUAAGAUUAUCAUGUUGUUCACGGAUGGAGGAGAAGAGAGAGCCCAGGAGAUAUUUGCCAAAUACAAUAAAGAUAAAAAAGUACGAGUGUUCACAUUUUCAGUUGGUCAACAUAAUUAUGACAGAGGACCAAUUCAGUGGAUGGCUUGUGAAAAUAAAGGUUAUUAUUAUGAAAUUCCUUCAAUUGGAGCAAUAAGAAUUAAUACUCAGGAAUAUCUGGAUGUUCUGGGGAGACCUAUGGUUUUAGCAGGAGACAAAGCGAAGCAAGUCCAAUGGACAAAUGUUUACUUGGAUGCACUGGAACUGGGACUUGUCAUUACUGGAACUCUUCCGGUCUUCAACAUAACUGGCCAAUUUGAAAAUAAGACAAACUUAAAGAACCAACUGAUUCUUGGUGUGAUGGGCGUUGAUGUGUCUUUGGAAGAUAUUAAAAGGCUAACACCACGUUUCACACUCUGCCCCAAUGGCUAUUAUUUUGCAAUUGAUCCUAAUGGUUAUGUUUUGUUACAUCCAAAUCUUCAGCCAAAGCCUAUUGGUGUAGGCAUACCAACAGUUAAUUUAAGAAAAAGGAGACCCAAUGUUCAGAACCCCAAAUCUCAGGAGCCAGUCACAUUGGAUUUCCUUGAUGCAGAGUUAGAGAAUGAUAUUAAAGUAGAGAUUCGAAAUAAAAUGAUAGAUGGAGAAAGUGGAGAAAAAACCUUCAGAACUCUGGUUAAAUCUCAAGAUGAGAGAUAUAUUGAUAAAGGAAACAGGACAUACACAUGGACACCUGUCAAUGGCACAGAUUACAGUUUGGCCUUGGUAUUACCAACCUACAGUUUUUACUAUAUAAAAGCCAAAAUAGAAGAGACAAUAACUCAGGCCAGAUCAAAAAAGGGCAAAAUGAAGGAUUCCGAAACCCUGAAGCCAGAUAACUUUGAAGAAUCUGGCUAUACAUUCAUAGCACCAAGAGAUUAUUGCAAUGACCUUAAACCAUCUGAUAACAACACUGAAUUUCUUUUAAAUUUCAAUGAGUUUAUUGAUCGAAAAACUCCAAACAACCCAUCAUGUAAUACAGAUUUGAUUAAUAGAGUCUUACUGGAUGCAGGCUUUACAAAUGAACUUGUCCAAAAUUACUGGAGCAAGCAGAAAAAUAUCAAGGGAGUGAAGGCUCGGUUUGUUGUGACUGAUGGUGGGAUUACCAGAGUUUAUCCCAAAGAGGCUGGAGAAAAUUGGCAAGAAAACCCGGAGACAUAUGAAGACAGCUUCUACAAAAGGAGCCUUGAUAAUGAUAACUAUGUUUUCACUGCUCCCUACUUUAACAAAAGUGGACCAGGUGCAUAUGAAUCAGGCAUUAUGGUAAGCAAAGCUGUGGAAAUCUCUAUCCAAGGAAAACUUCUUAAACCUGCGGUUGUUGGAAUCAAAAUUGAUGUAAAUUCUUGGAUAGAGAAUUUCACCAAAACCUCAAUCAGGGAUCCGUGUGCUGGUCCAGUUUGUGACUGCAAAAGAAACAGUGAUGUAAUGGAUUGUGUGAUUCUAGAUGAUGGUGGGUUUCUUUUGAUGGCAAAUCAUGAUGAAUAUACUAACCAGAUUGGACGAUUUUUUGGAGAGAUUGAUCCAAGUUUGAUGAGACACCUGGUUAAUAUAUCAGUUUAUGCUUUUAACAAAUCUUACGAUUAUCAGUCAGUAUGUGAGCCCGGUGCUGCACCAAAGCAGGGAGCAGGACAUCGCUCCGCAUAUGUGCCAUCAAUAGCAGACAUAUUACAAAUUGGCUGGUGGGCCACUGCUGCUGCCUGGUCUAUUCUCCAGCAGUUUCUCUUGAGUUUGACUUUCCCACGGCUCCUGGAGGCAGUUGAGAUGGAGGAUGACGACUUUACCACCUCCCUAUCAAAGCAGAGCUGCAUAACAGAACAAACCCAGUAUUUCUUUGAUAAUGACAGUAAAUCAUUCAGUGGUGUAUUGGACUGUGGAAACUGUUCCAGAAUCUUUCAUGUAGAAAAGCUUAUGAACACCAACUUAAUAUUCAUAAUGGUGGAGAGCAAAGGCACAUGUCCUUGUGACACACGGCUGCUUAUACAAGCUGAGCAGACUUCGGAUGGUCCAGACCCCUGUGAUAUGGUUAAACGACCCAGAUACCGGAAAGGGCCUGAGGUCUGCUUCGAUGACAAUGUUCUGAAGUUCACUACAUUUAAAGGAUGUGGUAAAUGUGCAGAUUCUAGAACCCAGGAAUAAAAGGAGGACUAUACCGACUGUGGAGGAGUUUCUGGAUUAAAUCCCUCCCUGUGGUCUAUCUUUGGACUCCAGUUCCUACUACUUUGGCUGGUAUCUGGCAGCAGACACUACCUAUUGUGACCUAAAACCAAAAUCGUCAUAAGUCCAGUCCAGACCCUGCCAACACAUGAGCCCUCAAUUACAUUAAAAUAGGGUCAACUGUCCAAUCAGCAGAACAUUAGCUGGGCCUGUACCAUGCGUAACUCUAAGGCACAGAUUCAUAAGACACCCACUGGCUGCAUGUCAGGGUGUCAGACUCUUAAAUUUGUGUGAAUGCUGCAUCAUCUAUGUAUAACAUCAAAGCAAAAUUCUGUAUGUGCUCUAUUGGACAAUUUGGGAGUCUGUUGUUGCUUUGUUGGUGAUUACAUGUAAAAGGGCUCCCCAUGCAAUUGUUUAUGAAUCAUAAGAAACGUCUUGAUUUUGACCUGGAAUUUCAACUUGCUGCAGUUUUACCAAGAAAGUCACUAGGGGUGGCGGGGAGUUAUGUUUGCCUUCACUUAUUCUUCUGUUCAGAAUUCCUGCUUUGAGUAGUUAGUGAAGGAGGGCAGGAAAGAAAGUAGUAACAUUGAUCUAAACUGUUGAAAUAUAAAAAAAUGACUAAUUUUCUGCCAAAAAUUAGCCAUGAAUAAAAUGCCUUAUGAAGAAUGACUUCUCUGCCAAAAAUAAAACACAAUUUAAGACCAAUUAAAUUUUGGUGAGGUAAUGAAUUGAUGGUUUGACAAUGUUAACUGAGAAACUAUUAAACUAAAGGUGCUUGUGGGUGAAAUUUGAACACGUGACUUAUUUCCUCAUAAAUGUAAGCCCUUAAAUGCUUUGACGUAAUGUCCUUUUGUUCACAGUACAGUUAUGUAGUGCUAGCCAGAUAUUUUAAAAUGCUCUAAGAAAAGCUUGUUGGGGGGAGGGGAAUGUUUUUCUUGUGACAAAUGAACUUGGGUCACCAAGGGUAUUUUGCAUGAUGCUGCUGCUAUUUAACUUUUUGGUUUUUCUCUUACUGUAGAGUGUAGUCCAUUGAAAAGUUAACUGAGUGACAUUAUUGUCAUGUAAGAAUCUGAACCUUGCGGUGUAAAUGCACUUAAGUCAUCUUUAAAAACGUUGUUAAACUACUCUGAAUAUACUGUGCAAUGUAAAUGCUGAAUGACUGGGUCAGGUAAACGGUGAAAUGAGAAAUAAUGGAUUUUAUACAGAUUCGUGCUUUUGCCUGAAAACCUAUGUACAGAUAUUUUAAGUACAUAAAUCAGAUUUAACACAUUUAUUUUUUGAAAAGUACAUAUAUGUUCUCAAUGAAGAUUCAUCCUAGGUUUCCUCUUUGUUCAUUUCAAUAGUAGCAUGUACAAUCCGAAAAUUGCUGCUGCUGCUGAUUCUGUCCCUCCAUUUUAAAUGAUAUGAUCAUUUAACUAAUAGUUCCAUGGAAUUUGGUGAGGGUUUUACAAAUAAUCUGAACAAACAGGAAACCUCGAAUCUAUAUGUAUGCACAUGAACACUUGAUUGUGAAUAAAAUUUGUUUUUAUACAGCCUCAUUGGUGAAAAUGGUUAGUGUAGUAAAUUGGAUAUUUCAUUGUAGAUUAAUAUUGUAGCAAAAUAUUAUUUAUGCUUUUAAAUUAUUUUCAGGAAUAAACAGUAUUUGAAGAAAGGAUAAAAACAAUGAAUGUGUAAUUCUAGGAAUAGUGAAUAAUUUUAUUGAAGGCUGAAAGUAUAAAGAUAUUUUUUAUGGUAAAAUGCAUUUGUUUUCCAAACAUGCCAAAUAUUGGUGUGUGUAUAUGCUGGAAAUUUUCUUAUAUAUCAUUUUAAUGUCACAGUUAUUUACAUUAUCCAGCAUGCUUUAAUAUGUUCCACAUAUCAAAGAUAUAACCAAUUCUUUAGCAAUGUUUAAAAGAUAUAUUUGUUUUUAGCUUUGCAUACAUUUGUAAUUCCCUUCUACCACUACUAUAUCUUAAGUACCACUUGUGUAUAUUUCCUUAUUUAAGUUUUUUUUUUUUUAAUUUAAAAUAGGGGGAGGGGGAAUGGAAUCACUUUGCCAACUAUUGUUCUAAGAAUUGACAUCAGUUACCAUUUCUAACACAUUGUCGUGAUUUUGUAGUCCAUUCAUAACUAGUAUUGACAUUUUAGAAAACACCAAAGUGAUUAAUAAUGAUAUGUUUAAAUCAUGUUGUUUGUUAAUGAAAUAUUUAAAAUAUUUAAAACUUAUUAACUUUUGCUAGACCAUUUUAAAUCAUGAAAGUGUUGGAAAGGGAAUAUCAAAAUAUAAUGUUAGAUUGUGUAUAUAAAUAACGCACAUUAAAACAAUUUAAUUGCUUCCAGCAUACAACAAAACUACCUUAAAAUUAUUUUCAAAGUCUGUUAAAUAUAUCUUCAUAGCUAAUGUCAUUUAUAUAGUAUGUUUUCAUCAACUGCAUUAUUUUGUAUUAAUCAUAAUUAAACUUGGCAUCUAGUGGCAGGGCCCUAUUUGAUUAUAAAACUAUGACGUGACAACCACACACAUGGUAACAAAUUGGGUAAGAACAUGUUCUCUGAUUAAAGAUUGUCUUAAUGACAUAGUAGUCUUCAUGCUUUUAGCAUGUUUUUGUUGUUGUUGUUGUUGUUUGUUGUUCAAAGACAGUAACACUCAUCCCAUUAAAUUAUUAUGUUAAAUUUUUUAUUUUUCUGUGAAUUAUGUCAAUAAGAACUUCAAUUUUAGUCUGGUAUUAGUAUUGACUUCCAAAGACUGAAAAGUACAAGAGAUAAAUAAAAGGCUUUUUAAAGUUUUUUUUUUUUAACUUAUUUAAUUUUUACUGUACUCACGUAGUUUAAUGCAGUUUGUCACUAAAAGUCAGAAAAAGUCUUGCAUUGGUGUUUCAUAACAAGAAUUUUGCAUUUCUGGUUUCUUUAUCUUUUCUUCAUUUGAACAACCAGCAUUACUGCCAAACACCAAUCGUGGUCCAUAUUUGUAACAGGUUUUUAACAUGACAUAGUUAGCAAGUUUGAUUGAAAAGAUAUUUAGGUCCUGGGCCUAUAAGAUUUUAGUAUGAUCUUUUUUCAUGUUUCUAAUGUGUGAGGCAUUCUUGCUUAACUUCGAGAAAAAUAAAACAAAACAGUGUUGCUGCCAUUUGUAAGUUUUCCUAUUUAUAAUAUUCUUUUAUUAACCUUCAAACUGGCCUUAUGGGGUUCAAAUAGGCAGUAUCCCUUUUAAGUGACCUUUGCAACCCAAGUGUUACUUGCUUAUUUGAUGCUCUCUUGUAUUUUACAUCUCAUUUAAAUCUUUGUCUUGUCUUCACCAAAGCUAAAAUUCUGUGUCUUGAUUUAAAACUCGUAAGCUAUUCUAUUGAUCAUAUUAGUUGAUAUUAAAAUCUCUAAAGGUAUAGCAUCUGACCUAGGGAGACAAAAUGGAUUUUGUGACUUUUUCACUUGCCCAAAUUCCAACUGGUUUAUUAUUAUCUGGAAAUUCUAUUGUUUUCCAUAGUUAACAUUUCCAAUGUUAAUAUUGUUAAUAUCCAGUGUACAUUUCUGUAAAGAGCAAAUCCAAAGUAUCUAGUAUUAAAAAAUUCCAGAACUUUGAAGAAUUACACUGUCCUUACCAAUGGUUACAUCUGUCGUUUAAGUUCACAUAAAAGAAAUUAUCUCAAAUUCCACCAAGACUAAUGGGAUACUGUUUUGUAUAGAUGCCAAUCGAGUUUACAGUAUGACCUGGCAAAAUUAUCUUUCUUGUUGUGUUGUAUGAUUGUUGGAUCAUGCUUUUAGGGAAACUUUUAAUGAAAUGCCCAGUGUGCAUCCAUGCAAAAGACCAAGUGGCUUUUGUGAACAAUAGCUCUUUUCUCCCCUUUAUUAUGUUCUCUUGACACUUUUGUGGAAAUUAACUAGCCUGAUAAAAACAUUUUGUAAAAAUUUGUAUAAUACUGUUAUAAAAAUAUUUAUAAUCCCAGAAAAUGUUGUGUUAAAUCUUGUGCAAAAACAGUAUAUUCAGAAUAAAAGUUUAUCAUUUAAAGUCA